UACUUGCAGCUUCGGGCUAUUAUUACAUUGGGUUGACACAAAUCGGUUCAAGUUCAACAAGAUUCCAGUGGAAUGAUGGGACGAUGGUGACGUCAGGUUAUACGAGUUGGGCUCCUGGUGAACCAGAUUAUGUGGGUGGAAAUGAAAAUUGCGUCGUGUUGGUUUAUGUAAUAGGUCAUUCAUGGCAUGGCAAAUGGAACGAUGUACCUUGUUCAGGAAAUAGGCGAUACUUAUGUGAACGUAGAUUAGCGCAUACGUAUUUAUUUGGCGGGAAUUCGCAACACAAACUGACGUCAUUGCACCCAGAAUACGACAAAACAACGAACAACGAUCCACUAGAACCGAUGAAGACAUGUGAAUUCUCAACAAUCCAUGUUGUCAUAUACUCAUUAGGAAGUAUCGUUGGAACGAGUGUCGUAUUUAUUAUUGGAAUCUUGAUUUACUGUAAGAAACGAAGAAACCAUGAUAUCACUGCACCCCCUCCCCCACAACAAGAGCUGUACCUUGAACCGAGACGUCACUACUAUGACAUCACAAAUCAACGGAAUCAAGCGCAGCAUGACGUCAUUGCACCCCCGCCCCCACAACAAGGGGAGUAUCUUGAACCGAUACGUCACGACAUCAACGAUGGUUACGUCACAUUUGAACCGAACCAAUAGGCAAUUGUGACGUCUCGAAACACGUGAUACCAACGAAUAACGUCACGUAUCUUACUCGGCGAUAUUUUGUUUACUUUAUAAAAGUUAAACCAUAUCUAUGGUUAAACGAGAAACUUCUCUUCUUUUUAGACCACAUGCUACCGAUGUCAUUUAGCUUUUUCUCACAUCACCCCGUCUUCUCAACUCUCUGCCCUUUUCUUCUGCACUUAAUUAAUGCACAAAGUCUUCAGUAUAUAUGACCUAUGUUAUAUUUGUUGAGUGAUUAACUUUAUAUUUCACCGUUUAUUUUACUUGUACAGUUCCGCGUUAUACGAAAUCCCCGGCGCAGUAAAACAAGCUACAGUUUGCGACUUAAAAGUGAUGCCUUACUAUCAUAAGAAUUGUUAAACU